AUGAGAUUUUCUACUCUCCUUGUUGCUGCCUCUGGCUCUGCAGUCAUUGCUGCUCCUACUCCCAGUUUGAUCGGCGACAUACUCAGCCUUACGAACAAUGUCAUCACCACUGUUACUUCCACUAUUGCCAAUGACCUGGCCUCGCAAGUCGCCGCUCUUGGCUGUGUCUUGCAAACCAACGCCAAUCAGCACGGCCAAAUCCUGAACUCUGCCGCUCUUACCAUCAAUGCCAUCGAGGUCGCCGCUAAGAGAUUCACCCAACUUUGCAACUGGUCGAAGCCUGGAAGGCAGUACAUCAACUGGUCUACCUACAAAGCCAACGGUGUUAACCUCGGCGCUUGGUUGGAGAUUGAGCAGAACUACGACACUGAAUGGUGGGCUGCUAACGUAGGCUCAUUCCCUGACGAGUGGACUUGGUGUUCGACCGUUGGUUUCUCAGUCUGCGGACCUAUCCUUGAGAAGCGCUAUGCUUCUUUCUUCACUAUUGCCGACAUUGACAAGAUGGGUGCCAAGGGGAUCAAUACCCUCAGAAUACCUAGCACUUAUGCCGCUUGGACUAAGGUCCCUGGCAGCGGACUCUAUUCUGGUAACCAGCAGGGCUACCUCAGAGCCCUUACCAACUACGCCAUCGACAGAUACAACAUGCACGUUAUCAUCGGUCUGCACUCUCUGCCUGGUGGCGUCAACACCCUGGGCAUCGGUGAAGCCUUUGGCCACGACGGUUGGUUCCAAAACAGCACCAAUCUUAACUACAGCUUCAAGGCGAUUGACUCCAUCCUGAACUUCAUCAAGACCUCUGGCCGCCAGUACGCUUUCACCAUUGCUCCAAUCAACGAGGCUAGCGACAAUUUUGCGGGUUUCGCUACCCCUGCAGGCCUCACUGAUGCCGGUGUCAAUUGGAUCAACACAUACAUCAAUGGCGUCCUCUCUCGUAUCGCCAAGGUCGACAAGAGGAUCCCUCUGAUGCUUCAGGACUCGUUCUUCAGCGAGAUGUUCUGGUCUCCCUUCUACCCUGCUGGCACCAACCUCGUUAUCGACUCGCAUAUCUACUUCUUCGCUGCUGCUGGCGCUUACUCCCAGUACGUCCCUGCUGCCGUGUGUGGCCAGGCCAAGUACAUCGGCCAGGGCGACGGCAAGUUCCCUGUCUUCAUCGGCGAAUGGUCCCUCCAGACGCUUUACAACAACACUCUGAGCAACAGAAAGACUCUGUACGAUACCCAGGUCUAUGCUUACCAGAAGUACGCUUCUGGUGGUGCGUUCUGGAACGGCAAGAUGCUGAACGCUGUUGAUGGCGUUGAUGGUGAGGGUAAACUCCAGGACUACUGGUCUUGGGAGGGUCUUGCUGACGCUGGUGUUGUUUCUAACACCAUCGAUCAGAGCUACUGCUAG